AUGGAAGGUGUGCCCGAGGAAGAUGACGAUGCCUGCAGUGACUAUGGGAGUCCCUGCAGUGACUAUGGGAGUCGCGACAAGCCAGGAACCACUUUAGGAAGGACUGUGCCAGAUGGGAAUGUGCUUUUUCCAGAUAUUUUUCAAACUGAUAAUCUUUUGUUUUAUGAGAGAUUUAAAGCUUAUCAGGACUACAUUUUGGCUGACUGCAAAGCUUCUGAGGUGAAAGAAUUCACAGCUGAGUACCUGGAGAAGGUCCUGGAGCCGGCAGGGUGGCAGGCAAUCUGGCGCACUAAUGUUUUCGAGGUGCUGGUUGAGGUGCUUGACGUGGAGUGCUCGGCUCUGAAGGCGCUCGUGCGCUGCGGCGAGCCGCUCCUGUGCGAGUCGCGGGUUAGCAGCUUCACGGCGGAGAGCGUGCGGGAGCUCCUGGAGCUCAAGGAGCAUCAGAUACCCCUGCAGGAGCUCUGGGUUGUGUACGAUGAGUCGGGAGAGUUUGACCAGACGGCGCUGGCCAUAGAGCAUGUCAGGUUCUUUUACAAGUGCAUUUGGAGGACUUGGGAUGAGGAAGAGGAGGAUGAUUUUGAUUACUUUGUGCGAUGUGUUGAGCCUCGCCUGAGACUGCACUACGACAUCCUUGAGCAUCGUGUUCCCUCCGGGCUUGUGGCUGAUUACCAAAACUUGCUGACUCAGUGUGAGGAGCUCUACGGGAAGUUUUUAGACUUGAGGAGCAGCAUGUCAAGCAAUGAUUCAGACUCAGAAGUAGAAAAUGUUUCCAUGGUGGAAGGCCUAAAACUAUAUGAGAAGAUAGAGCACUUAAAACAAAAGCUAAAAUUAAUUGAGAAUCCUCUUUUGAGGUAUGUGUUUGGUUACCAAAAAUACAGUGGUCUUCAGGCUAAAGGACUGAGACCAGCAGGUACCAAGAUCACUCAUGUUGUGUCCUCAACCAUGAUGGCAAGUCUGUUGCAGUCCUUGAUAAGGGAUAAACUUUGUCCUGAAUCUUAUGGUGAAGAACUAGAAAUACAGUUUCAUAGUGAUCCACUGGCAGCUGUAAAUGCCUGCUAUGAAGGAGACACUGUCAUCAUCUGCCCUGGUCGUUACGUUGUAAAUGGUGUGUUCUGCAUUGCUGAUUCAAUUGAACUAGAAGGCUAUGGUUUGCCAGAUGAUGUCGUGAUAGAAAAGCGAGGGAAAGGAGACAACUUUGUUGACUGUACAGGAGCCGAUAUAAAGAUCUCCAAUGUGAAGCUAGUCCAGCAUGAUGCUGUGGAGGGGGUUGUAAAUGUUCACCAUGGGAAGACCACCCUGGAGAACUGCGUCCUGCAGUGUGAGACCACAGGCAUAACGGUGCGGACAGCAGCCGAGCUGGUGAUGAAGAAAUCGGAUCUGUACGGUGCGAAGGGUGCUGGUGUGGAAAUUUAUCCAGGUAGUACGUGCACCCUGUUAGACAACGGCAUACACCACUGCAAGGAGGGAAUCCUUAUAAAGAACUUCCUAGAUGAGAAUUAUGACAUCCCCAAGAUAACCAUGGUCAAUAACAUGAUUCAUAAUAAUGAAGGGUAUGGAGUGGUCCUGGUUAAACCAACGAUCCCAUCUGAUGUAAACGAUUUUUCAGCAGUAAAAAGAGAAGGUAUGUUUGCCUGGGAGGCUCACACUGGCAGUGAGGGUGCCUGUGUAGAGGCCCUCAGACGCGAAGAGCUACCUGGAUGUAUCACUGCUGAUUUGGAGCGUUACGAGCAAGAUCUGAUUGCUGAGCAAGCUGAAAGCAAUUAUGAAAUUGCAAACGAACUUGGUGCCACUUCUGCAAAGAAGAGCCAGAUGCACAAGAAAAGGCUGAGUAAACUGGGAAUCACAGAAGCUGAUGACAACUUAAUGUCACAGGAAAUGUUUGUUUCUAUUGUGGACAACCAGUUCAAAUGGAAUGGGAAAGGGAGCUUUGGUACCUUUCUUUUCUGACUGUCCUCACUCUUAAUGGCUUGGCAGUGUAAGAUUUGCACAGCUAUUAAUAUCACUGCUGCUUUGCAAGAGGUUGGUCUGUUUCAUCUGCCUUCCAUUAUGUUAUUAAAAUGUGAUAAGUAUUUUUUAGCAGUUUAUAUAUUGCAUGUGGAAAUCUUGCUUCCU